AUGAGCAGAAAAACACGUCGCUGGAUUUUUCAUAUUUUUCUCUGCUUGGGGAUUGUCUAUUUAAAAAUUGGGGGCUUCUCCUCCGUGGUUGCUCUGGGAGCGAGUAUUAUCUGUAACAAAAUUCCUGGUUUGGCCCCUCGUCAAAGGACUAUCUGUCAAAGCCGGCCCGACGCUAUCAUAGUCAUUGGAGAGGGAGCACAAAUGGGAAUCAACGAGUGCCAGUUUCAGUUCAAACACGGACGGUGGAACUGCUCAGCCUUGGGGGAAAGAACUGUCUUUGGAAAAGAGUUGAAAGUGGGCAGUAAGGAGGCUGCUUUCACCUACGCCAUCAUCGCAGCCGGGGUGGCCCAUGCCAUCACGGCAGCGUGCACUCAGGGUACCCUGAACGGCUGCGGCUGCGAUAAGGAGAAACAAGGCUUCUAUAACCAGGAGGAAGGCUGGAAGUGGGGAGGGUGCUCGGCAGACAUUCGCUAUGGCCUUGGAUUCUCAAAAGUGUUUGUGGAUGCCCGAGAGAUCAAGCAGAAUGCCAGGACGCUCAUGAAUCUCCACAACAAUGAAGUGGGACGAAAGGUGUUGGAGAAGAACAUGAGACUGGAGUGUAAGUGUCACGGUGUGUCCGGUUCCUGCACCACUAAGACCUGCUGGACCACGCUGCCUAAGUUCCGCCAGCUUGGCUACAUCCUCAAGGACAAGUACAACCAGGCUGUGCACGUUGAGCCAGUGAGAGCUAGUCGCAACAAACGCCCUACCUUCCUGAAGAUCAAGAAGCCCUACUCCUACCGCAAACCUAUGGACACUGACUUGGUGUAUAUUGAAAAAUCGCCCAACUACUGCGAGGCAGAUCCUGUGACGGGGAGCAUGGGGACGCAAGGAAGAAUCUGUAACAAGACAGCCCAGCAAAGCAACAGCUGUGAUCUGAUGUGCUGUGGGCGUGGGUACAACACCCAUCAGUAUUCGCGUGUGUGGCAGUGCAACUGCAAGUUCCUCUGGUGUUGCUAUGUCAAGUGCAAUACUUGCAGUGAGAGGACAGAGGUGUACACAUGUAAAUGA